AUAAAAAAUAAAAAUAAAUAAAAAAUAAAAAUAAAAAUAAAUAAAAAAUAAAUAAAAUAAAUAAAUAAAAAAAAACCAAAUGUUUGAGGAGUUUUCCAACAAAUCAAACAAAUUAUUCCUUCAUAACACAAAACCAACAUAAUCCAUCUUUUGUUCUUCGUCCCAACCGAGAGAGAGAUUAGAGAGAGACCGUGAGAGAUGGAGAGAAUCAGAGAGAUUUUGAGGGAGGCGUGCGGUGGGCUAGCCACUGUUUGGGGCGGACGACGGCGCCGGGGCCGCUGGGUCACGGCCCAACGCCGGUGAGGCCAAAAAGCUUGGAGUUCCGGCAUUUUCUCGGUAUACAAACAGUAAAAAAUCCAUUUUUUAUGGUUUUAUUUGCGACACCAGAGAGCCAAUUGAGUGUUGGGGUUGAUGCUGAUGCAAGAGAAUGGGUAAUGCAAGAUCAAACAGCAAUCUCAUGUAAAUUAUGCUCCAAGACUGCUCUUGUAUUGCUGGCAGAUUUUUAUGCCUUGAGGAGGGAUGUAGAGACUGCUUCAGAACAUGUUAAAGAGAUUAGAGCUUCUGCUGGUCUGCAGCAAUUAGAACAAGAACUUGCAGAUUUGGAGUUGCUUUAAAGAUAAUAUACUGACUUUUGAAAUUGCAUGAUAUAUGUUGAUGUGUGUGUUUGUGUGUUACAAUCAUUAUGGCGCUUAUAUAUUUCAAAUAAUUUUAUUUACUUCCUUCUCCAA